AUGUCCAGCAAUUCUGCUGUGAUCAAAUUUGGUUUUAAGGACCACAAAGAGAUCUUGGACGCCAAAGCAGGCAACAAGAAGCAUUCGGCAGUUUGUAUUUUCUGCUCUAAGACAAGACGAAUCACGGAGAGAUCAGGAACUAGUUCAGCAUUCACUAGGCAUUUAAGUCGGGCCCAUAAAGCCAAGUAUGAAGAGUACAUACGGAUGGGUAAAGAAUCUCAAGCAAGCCGGCAGCAGGGCAUCACAGGAUUUUUAACACCAGGCGCCGGUUCUUCAACAGGCACCACCCACACCCAGACUGUACAGGUGUACAAUAUCAAACAUCCGCGUCAGAAAACGAUCAACAAUGCCAUCAUGAAAGACUUGAUUGUUGGAAGUUCAAUGCCACUGUCCAUCGUUGAGAACCUCCACUUUCGAAACUUCAUGAAAGUGAUAGAGCCAAGAUACACUCCGAUGGCCAGGUCCACACUUGGAAGUGUGAGGUUGCCUCAGAUGUACGAGGCAGGAAAGCAAAAGAUCAAAGAUUUUCUUGGAGCUGCAUCAUCCGUGUCCAUCACCACAGAUAUUUGGAGUGACAGAGUGAUUUGCCAAAGGUCCAAAGGUUCGCAUACAGGUGAGCGAAUUGCUGCAGCAUUUGAUGAUGUCAUCGAGGAGAAUGGAAUCGAGAACAAGAUUGACUUUGUUGUCACGGACAACGCAUCAAACAUGAAGGCAGCUUUCAAGGUCCGAUUUCCAACGCCCGAUGUGACUGAGGAAGCAGAAGAUGAAGGAGAAAACAUCGAGGAUGAAGCAGUUUGGCAUGACCUUGAGGAAGAAGAUGAAGAGCAGGUAUUCACCGUCUUGGAGAAUUCAUCAAAGCAGCGACUGUCCUGUUUUGCACAUAGUCUGCAGUUGGUGAUUGGCAAUGGGUUAAAAGAGACGGGGGGUUUGGCUACUGCCAUUGCAAAAGCAUCAAGGCUGUCAACUUUACUUCAUCGUAGUACUGUUUUCAAGGAAAAGUUUGAAAAAGCUUUUGGGACAAAUAGGACAAUUCCAGCUUCCAAUACAACCCGCUGGUAUUCAACCCUUCGUCAACUGAAGGCCAUACUUGCACUUGAGCUGAGAUCAUUGGUUGAAGUGUGUGGCACAGGUUUCUCAGAGGCAGCGUAUACUGCUCGAGAGUGGAGCCAGCUGAACGAGAUGUGCGAUGUAUUGACCCCUUUUGGAGAGGCUACAGAUUUAACCCAGGGUGAUCAGAUGGUUACGAUCAGCCUUGUGGUCCCAACCGUCCUAGACCUCAACUCGCAUCUCAAGAAGAAGAGAGACGGUGCCAGACAUUGUAAACCCCUUGUCAAUGCACUUUUGGAAUCACUACUUAGAAGAUUUAAGGGAAUAUUCCUGAAUUGCCAGAUGACUGAACCCUCUCCAGGCAGCCAUGACGAGCCAUUUGUGGACAAGGUAUACCCCUUGUCCACAGUCCUUGAUCCACAGUUUAGCCUCCACUGGGUAGACAUUGAUGUCCUCAUUGACACAGAUGCACAUUCCCUCAGACACACCAGGGAGGAGUUGAAAGAAAUGUUGCAAGAUUUGGUCAUCACUGAGGCUGAUGCUAACGCUCUUUCUGAAGAUGAAACCCCCCAUACCCAUGGCAUUUCAACAUCAAGUGAAGAGGAAGAGGAAGUUCCUGCGAAGGUUCCACGCCUCCUCGCCAAAUAUAGCCGACACAGACACAGAAGUGGGGGGCCUCCACAAGAGGACACGACUAGGCGGCAACUUGUGAGGUAUCUUGAGUUGGCCAGCGACUCUCCAUCUGUCCCGAGUGCCCUACAGUUUUGGCGGGACAUGGCCAAAAAGCUCCCAACCCUGUACAAGCUGGCAUGUAAAGUGCUCUCAGUGCCAGCAUCAUCUGCCCCUGUGGAGAGAAUAUUCAGCAGGGGAGGGAUCAUCAUGUGCCCACAUCGUGCCCGUUUGUCAGCAGAGAUGCUGUCAAUGCUAAUGUUUCUCAAGUGCAAUGAAGACAUUCUGUGA